UCUCUCGCUCUGCCCCAGACCGGCGAUCACAUGACGGCCUGGCUGACUCCCACUCCCCCGCCCCCUCCCUCGCUGGAAAAGCCCAACCAAACAUCUUGACAGGGAGGGAAGAGGCGAGCCACCACCGACUUUUCAAGAUGCUGGCACUAAUAAACCGGCUCCUAGACUGGUUCAAGUCCCUGUUUUGGAAGGAGGAGAUGGAGCUGACCCUGGUCGGCCUUCAGUAUUCGGGAAAAACCACGUUCGUCAACGUGAUCGCCUCAGGCCAUUUCAGCGAAGACAUGAUCCCCACAGUCGGAUUCAACAUGAGGAAAGUCACGAAAGGAAACGUCACCAUCAAGAUCUGGGACAUCGGAGGGCAGCCGCGGUUUCGGAGCAUGUGGGAGCGCUACUGUCGGGGCGUCAACGCCAUUGUGUACAUGGUGGAUGCAGCAGAUCGAGAUAAGGUGGAGGCGUCGAGGAAUGAGCUUCACAAUCUAUUAGACAAACCUCAGUUGCAAGGGAUUCCCGUUUUGGUGCUGGGGAACAAACGAGACCUGCCCGCUGCUUUAGAUGAAAAACAGCUCAUUGAGAAAAUGAAUCUGUCGGCCAUUCAGGACAGGGAGAUAUGCUGCUACUCUGUUUCCUGCAAAGAAAAAGACAACAUUGAUAUCACCCUGCAGUGGCUCAUUCAGCACUCAAAGUCCAGGAGGAGCUGAAAAUGACGUUGACGCCAGCUGUUUGCCAUGUAACCGUCACGCCACGUCAGACGUGUCUUUAAUUCACCAGAUGCACACUUCUGCCCCCCUCCCCCUUUGUGCCGCUUACCCACAAAAACUCUUGGGGAACGCCCCCCCCCCCCCACCUGAAAUGUAAUCCUGAUACCAAAUUAAUAACAUGUAAUUGGCAUUAUUUAUCCUGUACACUUUGAUGUGGCUUAUUAUGAUGUUCCGGUCGAAAUGGUAAAGCAGCCUUUUUAAUUUUAUUCUUUUGCUGAUUUGUUUUUUUUUUUUCCCUCCAUGUACAUUAUUUUCCAUAAUUAUGCAGCCAAGCAGAUCUGUACAAAUAGUAUCCAGCUUGUUUGAUUUUGUUUUUUUUUUUAAACAGCAAUUGCGCGUAUGAAUAUGUGAUUCUAUUUAAAGUCCGAAUGAUCAAAAAGAAAACUGCUGCAGGGUUGCGUUGUGUAUACUGUACUCUUGUUUUGUAAAAAAAAAAAAAAGUGAGCCUCCCAGCAAUCCUUUCCGUGCUGUGAGUGUGGUGAAAUUUAAAGUGCCUUGCGCAAACGUCUCAACUGAAGCGACGCGGCAUGCGAGGUGUGUGCCUAUGGUGGGGAAAAAAAAAAAAAAAAAAAAGACGCCAAUCACAUCAAUGUAUUUGAUUAAAAGGCUUGCUUUCCAAUAUAUGCACUGUUUUUUUUUCCUUGUGGAAAGUUUGUGUGUGUAAAUUAUGGCCCACUCAUUUCUGUUGUCAGCCCGACCAAGCAGUUGCAUUCUCAAGAAAAGUGUACUAUUUGUUGCAUUGAUUUAAAUGUUCUUCUCCCCCCUAAAAUUGGCCCACAUUUUUUUUUUUUGUUUAAAUCAAUUGACCGGUACCCCCAUUAAAUCUUUAAUUAAACAAAUUUACAUGAGUUUAACAUUUUGUGUUGUUUAAUUGUAAAUAUAUAUUUUUUUUAACAUCUGAUUCAAAAUGGCUGUCAGUGAUUCAUGCAGCUGAGUAAAUGUAAAUAAAGUAAUUACGAGCCUCCA